AGGCGGUAAUCUGAUGACACAUGAAAGUCACCGGUAAAACUACAACAGUGUGUUACAGCGAAACGUUAAACACGACCGUAUGCGAAACAUGUUUACGGUGUAUUAUAAAACAGAUCAGUGUUUACGGCAGCGAUAGUAGUUUGUGACGGUUCAAACUAACGUUAGCUAGCAAGCCACGUCCCAUAGCCGUUUGCUGCACAUCAGUUGUCAGUUCUGACAGAGUCGGUGUUUGUCCGCGUUUUUACACAAUCCUCAUCAUCUGAAACACAAGAUAGAUGACAAUGAGCCUCGGUAGGUUAUUCAAAGGCUUUCAGAGCCUGACUUCUCUCCCAGCCGUGAGGACUCAACUCAGUCACCGGUCUUCCUGCGUUUCAUUCAGGACCAAUGUGGCAUUGCCAUCACCCUUUUCCUCCAAGCCCCGGGACUUCAGCCUGCCUAACUCCUCAUGGGGCCCAGAAAUGAUGCAGUUGUAUGAGCAUUACAACAGUCAGUGUGCAGUGGAGACAGAAGACGGAGAGAAACAGGGAGGAACCUGGACGAGACUGCCAAGCUACAAUCGCUCCCUCAAGUAUGCUACAGGUACAGGCGGAGUGUAUCUUAGCAAGAUUAUCCAGUCAAAAGCUCGUCUAUUUACCCGCAACAUCAGAGACACGGGGGCAGCAUUUGAGUAUGUUCUGUUUGUUAACAAAGAGGAGGACAGGUGUGUGUGCAUUUUCCAGGCUGGACACCUUCUGGAGGGGCCACCAGGACAUGUCCACGGGGGGGCAAUAGCCACUAUGAUUGAUACAGUGACUGGGACUCAUGCUUCUCUACUCUCUGCACCAGUUAUGACUGCCAACCUCAACAUCAACUACCGCAACCCCAUCCCACUGGGAAGUACAGUGUUGAUUGAAUCCUGUCUGGAUGCGAAGGAAGGCAGGAAAACAUUUAUUUCGUGUAAAGUGAGCAGCACAGACGGCUCCAAACUGCACACAGAAGCAACAGGUAACGUACAUUUUUAUGCACACAACUUGUCCGAUGGGACGUGUGUGAAAGCACGUAGUUAUAUCUGCUCUUUGACCUUCUGUAUUGUCACCAUCCUGUUUUGUUCUUUUUUUGUUGUUGUUGUUGUUUUUCAUUCUUCUUGUGCAGCACUGUUCCUGUCAAUCAAUGUCAGCCACCUACUGCGGAGAGGGUGACACAAAUGCACCAGCCUAGCACCCACCCAAACACUGUCAGCAAGCUGAGGCGUGUGUGAGUGUGAGUGUGAGUGUAUCAUUGGUCUGCAGUAUUUUUGCAGGAGUGUUUAUUUACCAGGUGAUUUUAGAGAUAACUUCUCUAAACUUGACUUUUUAUUAUAUCUUAAUAUUUAUGCAUCUCUGCUCGUCAGUAUGUUAUUAAUAACAAACAGUUUCACGAAGUACCUUUAUUUGACUACCUCUGGUUAGUGUUACUAACACAUCCACAGAACAUAUCUAAAGAUCUGUUAUUCAGCUAAGUGUUAAGGGUUAUUUAUUGUAACUUUUACAGUGUCAGUGGUUUUAUGGAACACUGGGUAUUUUGAGAGUGAGGCUAUAUUUCAAAAUGUACUGUACUUAAAUUUUUGUUUCCUUUAAUAAAGCCUUACCUAAGGGUAUUG